GCCUGGAAGAUGCCGAGAUUGUGCUGCAGCCGCUCGGGGGCCCUGUUGCUGGCCUUGCUGCUUCAGGCCUCCAUGGAAGUGCGUGGCUGGUGCCUGGAGAGCAGCCAGUGUCAGGACCUCACCACGGAAAGCAACCUGCUGGAGUGCAUCCGGGCCUGCAAGCCCGACCUCUCGGCCGAGACUCCCAUGUUCCCGGGCAAUGGCGACGAGCAGCCUCUGACCGAGAACCCCCGGAAGUACGUCAUGGGCCACUUCCGCUGGGACCGAUUCGGCCGCCGCAACAGCAGCAGCAGCAGCGGCAGCGGCGCAGGGCAGAAGCGCGAGGAUGUCUCAGCGGGCGAAGACCGCGGCCCGCUGCCUGAGGGCGGCCCCGAGCCCCGCAGUGAUGGUGCCAAGCCGGGCCCGCGCGAGGGCAAGCGCUCCUACUCCAUGGAGCACUUCCGCUGGGGCAAGCCGGUGGGCAAGAAGCGGCGCCCGGUGAAGGUGUACCCUAACGGCGCCGAGGACGAGUCGGCCGAGGCCUUCCCCCUGGAGUUCAAGAGGGAGCUGACUGGCCAGCGACCCCGGGAGGGAGAUGGCCCCGACGGCCCUGCCGAUGACGGCGCCGGGGCCCAGGCCGACCUGGAGCAUAGCCUGCUGGUGGCGGCCGAGAAGAAGGACGAGGGCCCCUACAGGAUGGAGCACUUCCGCUGGGGCAGCCCGCCCAAGGACAAGCGCUACGGCGGUUUCAUGACCUCCGAGAAGAGCCAGACGCCCCUGGUGACGCUGUUCAAAAACGCCAUCAUCAAGAACGCCUACAAGAAGGGCGAGUGAGGGCACAGAGGGGCCCCGGGGCUACCCUCCCCCAGGAGGUCGACCCCAAAGCCCCUUGCUCUCCCCUGCCCUGCUGCCGCCUCCCAGCCUGGGGGGUCGUGGCAGAUAAUCAGCCUCUUAAAGCUGCCUGUAGUUAGGAAAUAAAACCUUUCAAAUUUCA